AUGGAUAAAAAUUCUUCAAAUAAAGAUGAAUCUACAUCUUCUUCAUUAAUGGAAUUAUUAAGAAAAUAUACAACUCGAGUCGAUGAACGUGAAACAUUAAGACAAGAAGAUACACGUGUUUAUCAACAACAACAAAAAGUUCAAAUUCCUGAAAUUGAAAAAUUAAAAGAAACUCCACAUAAAUUACAACCUAAAACAAGUUCAACUUCUAUUUCUAAUCAAUCAACAACAAAUCUCAAUGAAGAAAAAUCAAAUAUAAAUUAUAAAAAGAAAUGGGAAGAAACAGAAGCUAAAUAUCAUAAUUUAGAAAAAAAAUAUCGUCAAUUAGAAACUGGUACUAUUAAACAAUUACAAAAUAAAAUUGAUCAACUUCAACGAGAUAAUAGUCAAUUUAAAUUAAUUAAAGAACGUAUUGGUGAAAUAUGUUCAUGUCGUCAAUUAACAAAUAUGCAACUUGAACAAUUAAAAUUACUUGUUAAUCAUAAUAAUGAUUUACCGAUUGAAACAAUUGCAAAUAAAAAUGAUUUUCAUCAACAAACAAUAAAAUUACGUGAUGUAUUAAUAAUACAUAAUAAUCAACUUUUAAGUAGAAUUGAAGAAAUAUUGAAACGAAAAAGAAAAAGAGAUCAAUAUGAAAAUGAAGUAACUGAUGAUGACGACAAUAAUAAUAAUCAGUAA